AUGCUCUCCUUUAUCUUCAAGGACCACGUCGCCGCCGCCAAGGCUUCCGCGGUUCCAUCCUUGCCUCCCAAGACCGCGUUGCAGUGCCGUCAUAAGAUGAAGAAGCUCCGCAAGCGGUACCGUGCUGAGAAGCAGCGGGCUUCUAGAGAAAGAAGGAGGAUCUGCACUGGAAGUGCUAGAGUUACUGAUCACCAGCGAUUGAGCAGUUCUGGGUACGUCUUUUCUACUUCUUUGCCCCCAUAUCUUGCGAGUGCUGCCAUUACUGCCAUUGAUGUUCUUGAGGAGAACCCUAAUCUGAUAACGAAGUUGAAGAAAAACAUUACGUUACUAUGUAAAGGAUUGUCAGGUGUAAUGGGGGUUGCUUAUAUUCAAGAAGUUAGGAAAGCCAGCCUCUUUUUUGAGGUAGGCUAGCUUUUAAUUAACAUUUUUGUAGCAAUUAUGAACAAACAUGAAUACUAAUUACUAGGCUAGCCUUGUAG